AGGGCGGCGGGGAGAGGCGGGGGCUGCGGUUCUGGGACUGUGGUUCUGGGACUGUUGUGGGUCCCGGGGCUGUUGUGGGUCCCGAGGCUGUUGUGGGUCCCGACAGGUUCCUCUCUCCCAGAGGAAUGGGCCACCAGCGCCUCCCACCUGCCUUCUUGUCCCCGUGGAGGCGCGGGGUGUGUUUUUCCAUGUUGCUUUGGAGCAAGUGAGUUGAAUGCUGUGCCCUUUGCUGCACUCCCCGAGUCACCAGCCCAUGUGGAAUAGCACCAAGAAAACAUCCGUCUUUGCUGUUUAGUAUAAAUCGAGUUAUUUUCAGGUUAUUCAGUAUUAAUUCUCAUGUCAGCAGAAAGCUCGACCGUCACAGUUCGUCUUGUGCGCUCUUUUGAGCACCGUAAUUUCAGACCUGUGGUGUACCAUGGCGUCCCCUUGGAUCAGACAGUGAAGGAGUUCAUCGCUUUUGUGCGCAAGGAUGUGUCUUCAAGAACAGGACUUCCUCCUCCUUUUAAAAAUUACAAGUAUGAUACAAUGAAGAUUAUUCACCAAGCACACAAAUCUAAGACCGGUGAACUUGUAGUGAGUUUGGAAGAUGAUGACAAACUGAUUUUGAAGGAAGACAGCACGCUGAAAGCAGCUGGAGUAGGUUACUUGGCUCUCCUGUUUCCUGCGAUUUAUUUUCUGGUUUUAAGUGACUUGGGAUGUCUCUUCAGUGUUUUCCUCUGGUGUGAACUACAACUGGUCCCAAUAUACCUUUCCUAAAGCAAAUGAGACGGAAUUAGCAUUCUUCUGUGAGGAAGAUUACAGAAACUACAGAGCUAAUCCUGUUUCGGCCUGGUGAAGAUCCCAAGAGAUUGUUUUGUUUUCCCAUACCUGUUGUAAAUUUUCCUUAUUCUGCUUAAUGAGAUUUUUCUUAAAGAUCAAUAAAUCCUAGAGGAUUUCUUUGCAAACA